AAUUCUUUUAUUUUACGAAAUAAUUACAAAAAUUACAACCAAUCGUUAUAAAAUUAUCGCGCAUACACAAAUACAAAAUGAAAGACAUUGCAACAACACAAACAGUGGCGACAUCUGUCACGCAAAAGUGGAUUGUGUGCAGAGUGUGUUUGCAACAGCCAAAGGAAACAAUGGCCGUCAUAUUUCAUGAUGAUGCCUCCAAAGAUUUGACUAACAUGAUACUGGAGUGUGGUGGUGUGCCCAUCAAGAAAUUUGACCAUUAUCCAGAUAAAAUCUGUGACAAAUGUUUGAAAAGUUUGCACAUUGCCUUUAAAUUCCGACGUAAUUGUCAGCGCUCCUACAAGCAUUUAAGUCAAUUUAUAGCACCUGUGGUAGUGGAACAACACAUCGUUGAGGAUGAGGGGGUGGAAGAGUUGCAGGCAAAAUCACUGGCAGAACUGGAGGCGCAAGAAUUGCCCGAUGAGAUUGAACAUGAAAUCUUGGUUGAUCUGGAAAAGGAGCUCAUAGUACACGUGAAGAGCGAGGAGGGUGAUGGUGAGGAAACGGGAGUUACCGAAGAGCUGUACGGCGUUUAUGAAUCGUACGAGAAUGAAGGCGAAGAGGAAGUGGUAAUCGAACAAAUGCAAGUUUAUGACGAAAAUGAUAUGACCGAGCUAUCAGGUCUCUCUGGCGACAUCGAAUACCUAGAUCAGGUGGAUCAGGAUCAACUGACAGAAAGUGCACACGAGGAUGAACUCGAAUCAAAAGAUGACAAGAAGGAAAGCUACUCCGACGAGGAGUUCAUACCCGUCAGCGCACGUGCCUCAAAUAAACGGGGACUCACAACACGUGCCGCUGCCGCCAAACAUCGCAAGAAUGCGGCCGCCAAGGCCAAGAGCGCGCAGACCGGCAAAAUAAAACGUACCACGGUGAGCACCAAUGUCAUCCUAAAUCCCGAUGAGAGCAUCACUAUUGGCGACACAAUUGUCCGUAAAAUGCCGGGCAUUAAGACACGCGGCGGUCGCAAAAUCUUUGUCGGCAACAGUAGUGAUAAGAAGGAGUACAAGUAUAUAUGCGAUAUAUGUGGCAACAUGUACCCAUCACAAAGUCGUCUCACAGAGCACAUCAAAGUGCAUUCCGGCGUAAAGCCCCACGAGUGCGAGAUCUGUGGUCAUGCCUUUGCACAGGCGCAGCAGCUGGCGCGACACAUGAACACCCACACAGGUAAUCGCCCGUACAAAUGCAACUAUUGCCCGGCCGCCUUUGCGGAUCUUUCCACGCGCAAUAAACAUCAUCGCAUACACACCAAUGAGCGACCCUAUGAGUGCGAUGUCUGUCAUAAGACAUUUACCUAUACCAACACGUUGAAGUUUCACAAGAUGAUUCACACUGGCGAGAAACCACAUGUUUGCGACAUUUGCGGCAAAGGCUUUCCACAGGCUUACAAAUUGCGCAAUCAUCGGAUUACGCACGAGCGACGUGGUGUGCGUGAGGCACUGGACAAUUCGUAUAUUCAUUGCGAAAUGAUUUCCUCACCUAUGGAGACGAUGAAAAUGGAGAUUGAUAAAGUGGAGGGCAUGUUUUAAGAUUUCCAAUAAAAUACCUAAUUGUAAGAAAAUUGACAGACGAACAGACGGACAGACGCACACACAUACAGAUAUAAAUAUAUUCAAACACACACACACAUACGACACAACCAGACAGACUUACAAGAGAAAAUUUGAAAUAAAUAACUUACGUGUACGCUCUUUAAA